GAAAAUUAUGCUGGCAGCGCGGGAACCGACUGUUUCGGUGACGCUGGUGACAUCUAGAAACUUCUGUGCGAAGUACCGGCGUGGCGGAACGCCGGAACGGAACCAAACGAACGGCGCCAACGGACGUGCGAUGUUGACUUGUUUGACAGGCCGCUGAUUUGUGCUGCGAGAGCCUCGCGGUAAACGUUCGGUUCACUGGGAAUUCGUUCUGUUUAUUACUCGUCGGGAUGAAAUUCAGAUGCAGAAUGAUCGACUCCGCAGCGAUGCGCGACUUCACUAAUGUGGCAAACACGGUAUCCCGCCUGGCAAAGGCUUGCGUGAUACGGCUUACAAAGGACGAGGUGUGCUUUCACGUCGGCGACGACUAUUCGCCGAUAGCGUGGGCUGUUUUGUACCAAAACAAAUUCUUCAGCGAAUACACCAUGAUAGGUGUGUGCGAGGAACAGAAUGAGAUAUACCUCGAAUUCUCACCUGCCAUGCUCGCAAAGAGCCUAAGCUCCCUCAAAAUGACCGCCAAGAGCGUCAAGAUCAAACUUACCAACAGAGAACAGCCAUGUCUCACUAUCGAUAUUGAAUUACCUUCGAUAAGCAACGAGCUUAGACAGUGCGUUCAUGAUGUACCUGUUAAAGUAAUUCCUCGAAAAGAAUGGGGGGAAUAUCAGGCUCCGAUUAUACCGUCGUUCGAUGUUUCCAUAGAGAUGCCAGACAUGAAACACUUGCGAAAUGUUGUCGAUCAGAUGGGAAAAAUGAGUCCACAACUUGUCGUAACUGCUAAGAAAACAGGGAAAUUAAUACUGAAGGUGGAAACCAGUUUUGCUACCGUAGCGACGCACUUUCAAGACUUGAAGGUUGGAGGAGACGAUCGAGACUCAGGAGUAUCGGAUGAAGAAGAGGAAGAAGUUUCGGCCACCAUAGAUAUUAGGAAAUUUGGAAUGUUUCUAACAUGGGAUAUAAUAAAAGCCGAAAGCGUAAUUUGCAACGUAGUGGCUGACAGAAUGAUUAACAUGCAUAUGAACAUUGAUGGACAUUUAGAAAUACACUAUUUCAUACCAGCCAUUUCAAUUCUGUAGAAAUCAAUUAGAAUAAUAAAUUAUAACUUUUUUAUAUUAAAAAAUUACGUAUUUGUGCAACACCAGAAAUUAAUCGAUUCAGAUUGCUGAUCGCCAUAUACUUCAAACAAUUAUCUCAUUAUGUAUAUGUAGACCAAGACAGUCCUCCAACGAUGGACUUGCAGUAAUAAUGAAUAUCAAUCUUUCUGAGAUUGGUUGGAGUGCAUUUUUUACUCUUUGAAAACAAAACAAAAUUCAUACAAUAUUUGGAAGUACAGCAGAUAUUCGGUCAUGUCAAUAUUCCACUCGAAUUGUAUUCUUAAUACAGAUUAAAAAAUUGAAUUGUGUAGUUGGAAUUAGAGUACCCACCGAAUAAGAUGUUCAACUGGCAUAUCUGAAUUCGCUGAAAGAUGGAAUCGUUGACGGUCAAGUUUGCAAUUCAUCCAAGGUCCUAUGAAAGUAGUCACUUGCUCAAUGGCGACAGAGGUGUUAAU